GCUUUGGCCCUAAUCCGACGAAAGAAAUGAAAGGGGAAGGACGGGCGUUCUUCCAUAGGAGAGCGGUGCGAGGACGAGGGAUUUGACUCCAUCUUCAAGCAAAAUUAUUUCGUAUUUUCCUCCUUGUUCUCGUUCUUCUUGUCCCGGAUCAAGGGUUGAUUCCCAUUUGCUUUUUUCUCUUGCGGCAACAGUAAGCUACCGAUGCUAAAAACAACCUUAGUUUCGUCUCUGAUAUUGCUUAUUAAGAAAACUAUAUCAGUUCAAUUGACCAUGGAUCGACCAAAUGGAGAUGACCAUGAAGGGGUCGGUGUUGUGGGUUUUGAAGUUCCUACAUCGCCUGAUUCAAGCUAUAACAAUCCGACACCAGGAAUUGAGGAUGGAGCUCGAGAGCCCCCAAUUGUCCCCCCUCAUCUGCAACAUACCGUGCUGAACUACCUACCCAGACAAGAUGAUCCCAGUAGUCUUUCUGUGCCUCAACAUGUGAUUCUUAACCACCUCUACAUUGAAAAUCGAGAUGUCUCCAGAUCUGUUGUUGCUCUUGGGAUAACCCACCGUUUCUUAUCUAAAUAUGUUACUGUUGUUCUUUAUAAGCCAGUUUGGAGAAGGUGAUCAGGAACAUUGGAUUCUAUUUGCCUAUGGCUGUUCAGCCAAUAUUCAUGAGAGCUGUUGCUUUGAUUGUUAACAUCUGAUAAGUAAAUCUCCUCUUUUCAGUUGCCCAUCUGGGUUUGUUGAACUCAUUUAUUUAAAUCUGGAUCAAAUAUUCUGAAUGACUCUGCAAGUUUUUUUCUAUAUGAUCGAUGUCAUUUUCAUCCUCCAUGCAAUUACUUUAUUUUUGUUUCCCUUUCUCGUUUAUUUGAGUUUACAGUAUGUUAUUCAUGUGCAUGUUAGGUUGGCCUUUGUCCCCAGAUCAUUACAAUGCCUAAUUUUGCAUGUUUGCAAACCAAACCAUGCCCUAUUGAACUAUUCUACCCGUGUGUUUCUGGAGAUUGAGGAUAGAAUCCUAGUAAGACAAUUAUUUAGCUUAAGCGUGUCAUGCCCUGUUUACAGUCCUUAUUCUUCAGUUUGGCACUAUUUUUCAGUUUGUGUACCUAAAUUAAUUCUUUGCUUUUCCCCACACAAUUUACCAUAAGAGAUUAUUUCGUCUUUUUUCUGUCAUUACAAAUACUUGUUUGCACUAUCCAAAUUAGGCAAUUAUGAUAGUGAGAUGCAUUUGGUUUUUUAUCUUUACAGGAUUCUAGGAUAUGAACUUUAUUUUUAUGCCAAAAAGGAGAAUAUAUUAACUUAGUUCUUGUACACAACCCUAGCACCAUCUGAAGAAAGGAUGAGAGUUGCAUUGGUUCCUCAUAGCCUACAUAAAUUUAUGUCUAAAAAAUUAAGUAGGAAUUAUAAUUGAAUGUUUGCUAUAUCAUCAUGUCAUCAUUUCUCAUUGUAAAAUGAUCUAGUUAUGAUUAGCACAAUGAUGUCAUUGGAUUCAUGUUGAUUCUGAAUAGUUUGUACUACUAAUUGUUGUCCUUGAUACAAAUUCUAUGAUAAACACCAGUUUGGUUACUUUAAUGGAAGCAUAUGCUCUUUUUUUUUAUUUCUGAGAAAGAAAACAGGUGGAGUCUAAUUCUUCACAUCAGAAAAGGACUAGUAGCUCAGUAAAGGACUAGCAGCUCAGUCUCUCUUCAUGGUUUCAGCCAGUGGUGAGUUUGAUUGCCAUUAUGAAGAGUAUCCAUUUCAAUUCCUAAUCAUGUCAAAGAGGGGCCAAAAUCUAAUUACCAUCAUCUUAUCUGCCCCCACACACCUGUGCCCAUCAGUCUCAGACACUGUUACCCAAGAGCAGCGAACUGCCACUUCUGUCUGUUGCUAGCUAUAAAGCUCAGUCCCUAGCCAUCUCUUUUCUUUCAGCCUUCUGCACCAGUUUGGGCUCAGAAAGAGAGAAGCUGCUGGUAAUGGCAAAGAGCGAGAAGAAGCUGCAAUCCUCAUCUUUCACUCGCCGGUGCCGGUUGCUAGUAAGUGAGCAGCGAGCAAGGUUCUACAUCCUUCGGCGAUGCAUCGUGAUGCUGGUUUGCUGGAGUGAGAGUGAAGAUCACUGAGCUCAAAUAUGCAUGGAAGAGAUAGACUGGUGUAAUAUACUGCUUGAUAUAUGAAGAUAAGCUUUUAGCUCCAGGAAAUUUAGGUCUGAAGCCAUUCAGCUAGUGUAUAUCAUGAAACAGAAUCAUCAAGGAAUUUGUUUGUGAUGAUUAUGUCAUGCUUUAAACCUUGGUCAUUUUUUUUGGGUGAAAUCACCUUCGACCUUAUGAUGUUGACAAGGAGUGCCAAAUAUGACUUGUGUUCAUUCUUCUCCACACACUAACAUGGUAUAAUAUUGAAGAGAUAUGCAGUAUUUUA